GCCAGUGGAAGCUUAUUUUAGUACCUUGUUUCACCAUCGGGAGUAUUUUUUUUGUGGCACAACUGUCGGUCAGCUCCAGUUACCUUUUGUCCACUCGAUGUGAUGUCAGACAAACGUCAACGUGCCAGAGUCCAGGGUUCCUGGGCCAAACAACUGCCAAUACGUCCAGGUCAACCAGGUACUGCAGGCGCAGUACCAAACAGUCACCAACAAAUCAAAAGUUCAAACCAGGCCUCUGGUUCCUGGGGAUGUCAGCCCCAUCUGCCAUCCAAAUCAUUCGAGUUUCUCCAACCCACUAAGGUAAUUCAAGCCAUUCCAGCAGAGAAGGUGAUAGAACAGGCGGGUGUUCAUGAGAUCAGUCAUGGACCAUCAGGAGUGUCCAGGUUGCGACUGCUGCCUGGGUUUCUCCCCACAGAAGAGGCUGACUGGAUAUUCAGCAAGCUGCUAGCAGAGCUGCCCUGGUCACAGAAGACCAACUAUAGACAGGGUGAAGCGUACGAUGAACCCAGGCUAACAUGCUGGUUUGGAGAGUUGCCGUAUACAUAUGCUCACUCCACCAUGGCUGCCAAUGCACAGUGGCAUCCAUUGUUGAUAACUCUUCGUGAAUCCGUGGAGCAGGUCAGCAAAUGCAGGUUCAACUCCUUGUUAUGCAAUCUGUAUCGAGACGGCCAUGAUAGCAUCGGUUGGCACAGUGAUGAUGAGGCCUCCUUGGGCGCCAAGCCCACUAUUGCCUCCCUUAGUCUCGGUGAUACGCGAGUAUUCAGCCUCCGCAAGCAGCCUCUGCCGGAGGAGAAUGGUGACUACACAUACGUUGAGCGGAUUCGUGUGCCUUUAAGUCAUGGGACACUUCUCUUGAUGGAAGGAGCAACACAGGAUGAUUGGCAGCAUCAAGUGGCUAAAGAGUACCACGAUCGAGGUCCACGCAUUAACCUGACCUUCAGAACAAUAUAUCCAGAGCCAGAGGGCUACCGGCCGGGGUCCAAGCUGCGUCUUGUGUCAAAGGUUCCCUGAAGAAGAGUAUUAAAGGACCAUGUUGUUUAUUUUGAUGCCUGAGCCUACAAAUCGAGAUGUGUACUUUAGUGGAAACCAUUUUCACAACACUAAAACUGAAAAUUUGACUUUAAAAUAAUUUUCACCUGUCUUUCUUGGUUGCCUUUGGAUAUAGUUUAUUCUGGUAUCAAUCAACUUACUGGUAUUUGAAACUUAUAUUCGGAAGGUUAAAUCAUCAUACUAACAAUGUAACUAAACAAUUUUUGGGAGAUGUUUUCUGAAGUGUGUCUUUUAGCUUUUUUUUUCCAACGGCUGCAAAGUGCAGCUUUGGUGGUGCAACAGUGUUACUGUAAAUAUGUAACAAAUCACAUUCUGUCACAUUGAUAUGAUAACAGUGACAGGUUCAACUGAGAAGACUAGUCUUUGAACUUCUCUUUUUCAGUUUUGAGGUUUAGAAAAUGUUUGUUGUAAUAAAAUAAUAUUUUGGCUCAAAUAUCAAAAUUACCAGUAUGGUCCUUUACAGUUGUGUAGAAUGUAAUUUGUUAUUUAUAAAACAUUAUGCUUAACUAGGUUCUUUUUUGUUUAAAAGAAAAUACUGAAAUUUAGUUUAGCAGCAAUCUGUAGUAUCAUGUUAAAUAAAUAAGCGAACUGAAA